GAGAUCUGUUGCUCUGUAGUAGUAACGUAAAGGAAGCUCUAGGCUACGUGCUGAGACCUACAUGUUCUCAAAUUACACACAUGGAUCAAAUGUAGUGUGGAACAGGCUCCACGAGAAAAAGCGCUUCAUUAACUGGAAUCGAUGCAUGAAAACCGUUAGAUGGUACAACGUCCUCGUCCUGGAGGACUUCCCUGCAGCGUCGCGGAGUCGGCUCGCUGCUGGUUUUAACGCUGUUCCGCAAAGCAGAAGUGCUACGGAUGUGGGUAGCAUCUGUCCCGUCCUACUCGCUGCACCAGCGGUGCUGCAGAACUCGGCGAGGCCCGGUGAUCCCGAGCCAUGAACCCAGAGGAGCAGACCGUAACGUGGCUCAUAUCCUUAGGAGUCCUUAAUUCCCCGAAGAAGAACAUCGCCGAUCCGGAGGGCUUCCUGAAAGCCUCGCUGAGAGAUGGGGCCGUUUUGUGUAAGCUUAUGGAACGGCUGGUACCCGGAUCCGUUCAGAAGUAUUGCCCGGAGCCCAAAUGCGAAGCGGACUGUAUAGCCAACAUUCGGGAGUUUCUGAAAGGAUGUCUCUCCUUAAAGGUUGAGGGUUUUGAACCGGAGAGUUUAUACUCUGGGGAGAAUUUUAGCAAGGUUCUGUCUACGCUGUUGGCGAUAAACAUCGUCACUCAAGAUCGUGGUACUGACAGGUCAUGUCCACCACCCAGUUCUUCUGCUCCUAACCUGUCGACCUCCUCGUCAUCCAACUUGAAGUCUAACAAGUCCUUGCGGCGACAAUCAAAAGCAGUGGAGAUGUCGGAGAAUGGAGGGGGAACCCAGCUGGUAGUGAAGGCGCGCUUCAACUUCAAGCAAAACAACGAGGAUGAGCUGUCCUUCAAAAAGGGCGAGCUAAUUCACGUCACACGCCAGGAGGAGGGUGGCUGGUGGGAGGGUAAUCUCAACGGCAAGACCGGCUGGUUCCCCAGCAACUAUGUUAGAGAGGUCAAGCCAUGUGAAAAACCAAUCUCGCCUAAAGCUGUGAAAGGGUUCGACGUUCCUCAGCUGACCAAAAAUUACUACAAUGUGGUGGUGCAGGACAUCCUGGAGCACGAGCGUGAAUUUGUAAAGGAGCUGCAGAGUGUGCUCACCUGCUACCUGCGCCCUCUACAGGCCAGCGACAAGCUCUCCAAUGCAGACAGCAGCAACCUGUGUGGGAACUUGGAGGAAAUACUCACUUUCCAACAAGGACUCUGUGUGGCUUUGGAGGAAUGUGCAAAGAUGCCAGAGGGUCAGCAGCGUCUGGGCGGCUGUUACUUGAACCUGAUGUGCCAGAUCAGAAUCUUGUACCUGUCCUACUGUUCCAGCCACCCCUCUGCAGUCUGUGUGCUCACUGAUCACAGUGAGGAUUUGGAUAAGUUCAUGGAGAGCCAGGGAGCCAGUGCUCCAGGCAUUCUGACUCUGACCACCAGCCUGAGCAAGCCCUUCAUGAGGUUGGAGAAGUAUCCCACCCUGCUGCAGGAGCUGGAGAGGCACAUGGAGGAAGGCCAUCCAGAUUACAGCGACAUUCUAAAGGCAACUGUCGCUUUUAAAAGCCUUGUGACACAGUGCCAGGAGCUGCGUAAACGAAAGAACCUAGAGUUGCAGAUCUUGUCGGAGCCGGUGCGGGGCUGGGAGGGAGACAACAUCAAGUCUCUGGGCCAGGUGCUCUACAUGUCACAAGUCCACGUGCAGAGCAAUUCAAGUGAGGACAAGGAGGAGCGGUACUUCAUGCUGUUUCCCAGUGUGCUGAUUAUGUUAUCUGCCAGCCCACGAAUGAGUGGCUUCAUCUACCAGGGACGGCUCCCACUCUCAGGGACCACAGUGACCAAGCAGUUGGAAGAUGCAGAGUUGGGUCAUUAUGUCUUUGAGAUCACAGGGGGGAUGAUUGACCGCAUUACAGUCUUCUGCAGUAGUUCUCAGGACCUGCAGGAAUGGCUGGAACAUCUGCAUGCCAAAGGUGGAAGCCCAGUUGGAACCAGUAUUAAGAAUGUUGAAGGCAAGCCUAUGAGCGUCACUGGCGCCCAGUCCCACCAGAGCCAUUUGCAGGGGUUUAGCACAACCAUGGGCAACCGAGGCCCACUGGAGCCCCCCAAGAUCACAAAGCCAUGGUCCCUGAGCUGCCUGAGACCAGCUCCUCCUCUGAAACCUUCUGCUGCAUUGGGCUACAAAGAGAGGAUGUCUUAUAUCAUGAAGGACAGCAAGAGCCCUAAACCCAUGAAGAAGUUCCUUCCGAAGAGAAAGACUGAGAGAAAACCAUCAGAUGAUGAAUUUUUGCUGAGGAAAAGUACCGUAGCACUGGAAGAAGACGCCCAGAUUCUGAAGGUGAUCGAGGCUUACUGCACUGGGGCAAGCCUGCACCAGACCACAACAGCUGUCCGGAAGGAGGGUGUCCCCCAGGUCCUGUUACCAGAAGAGGAAAAGAUUAUUGUAGAAGAAAUGAAGAGCAACGGUCAGACCAUCAUUGAGGAGAAAAGCCUUGUUGAUGCUGUUUAUGCGUUAAAAGAUGAGGUCCAUGAGUUAAAGAAGGAGAACAAGUGGAUGAAGCAGUGUCUGGAGGAGGAGCAGAAAUCCCGCAAAGAGCUUGAGCGUGUGGUGAGGAAGCUGGCUAAACAGAAGAAUGACUGCGCGUGGGAAGACGGAGGCCACUAAGUAACAUUUCUGAGCGUUCUCCCCCUUCGCGAGCGUGUGUGUUUGUGUGAGUGAGUGUGUUAGUGUGGGUGGGUUGCUAGAUUUGCGUGUAUCUCAGCUGUGUCUGCUCUGCGCGUUGCGUUGAGAAAGUCAUCCUGUCUUGGGUAAAACGUUUCUUUUUUUGUUUGUUUUUUAAGAAAAAUGUUUCUUUGAUUGCUAUCACUGGCUCAGUUCAGUUCUAGCUCUGUGCUAAAGAGGGUCAUGCAGUGUGUGUUUAGUUCCUGUGAUGUGUGCAGUGAUGCAAGUCUGCAAGAAAGUGGCUCAAACAUGUUUGCAGUAGAUCGUCAUCUACAUAAAGCGAGGAGUUUAUUGAAAUCGUGAAGGUUCAUUGCUAUGGUUCGGAACAUGACGUGACUCCAAAAGCACUAUACUGGGCUGUUUGUUCUGUUUCUUGGAAUUUUCUACACUCCGACAACCCAAUAUGCAGUAUAAUUGGGACAGAUAAACAAAUUUACUCUGAAGUGGAGAAGUUUUCCUGCUUAUUUCUUUCACCCUCAGAGACUGAAUUUUCGUGACACUUGAGGGAGGAGAAAGUGCAACAGAGGACUUUCAUUGAACCAGAGAAAACUAAACAACGUUACAGCUGGAGCCGUUUCUCCGUAAGACAGAUAACGAAGUGCACAUGCUCAGUUGGUGACGGAAGCAGUCAUUCAGCAAGUGUGCAACAAGCUCUGAGUGUGGCCAUAUAUCUUUAUACAUGAAAGUACCUUAAAUGGGACACUGGCAGAAACUUUCAAUCCAUGAGAACUUUUUCAUAGUUGUUUUAUUUCUGUUACUCUAUGGUCAAAACGCAAAGGAGAGAAACCCAUUUGAUUGAGGUAGCAUUUGUGCUCUGCUUGAGAAAUAUGGGCUCUGUAGGAUGUUUUCAGUUGCACAUUAAAGACAUGAGAUGCCCUGGUUGCCAUCUUGAAAUUAUAUACUUUUUACUACUUCUUAGCUCCAAGCUAUACUAUGAAAGAUAUCAGUCAGCAUAGCUUAUGUAUUAUGUAGGCCAUUGAAAAUAUUCCCUUGAACUGUAUCUGUUACAAUCUCCAAUCUACUGUACAGUAUUUCUAUACCAUUCUUCUUAUUAGAUAAUCUUGUCGUUGUCAGGCUAGUGCAAAGCUGUCAGGGAUGUGGUAGUCAUAAAAAUAUCAUAGCAAGAUUAAAAUCCUAUUAAUAUACAACAUAUAAUGUAUGUAUAUCAUAUAUACUUACAUACAGUAUAUUAUAGCUAAUAUGUCCAAAAAGUGACCAUAUGAGCUUUCAUAUUGAGAUAAUAUACAGCAAUUGAUUUAUUGCCUCCUUAUUCUGAGGUUAAAAAAUGUAUUUAUUUUUCAUCCGAAUAGUGCUGUGUUGAGAACAUGUAUAUUUGGUACCUGAGUUCCUCUGAGGAGGACUUUUACUAUGGGCUUCGAAAUUGCACCCAGUGGUUUUGGUGGCAGAUUCUAACCAUAAUGUUGAGCAAGUCUCCUUCCAUAAGGGAAUACGCCAGCGUUUUUAAACCUGACUCAUAUCUGCCUCACCUGUAGCAUAUGGUCGAUAACCAUGGACAGUACUUUUACAGGAAUGGUUCGAUAAGAAAUUACAUUUACACAGUUUUCCACUUACCUUAUUACUACCUAGUUGGUCAGCAAAGGUGUCCAAAUUGUGCUUCUUUAGUUUACAAGACCAGCAUUGCUUACAAACACUAGAAGUCAGUAGUCACCCAAAUCUGGAAAACUACAUUCAGGUCUUUAUUAAGGUUGAUGUGUUUUAGGAAUCAGUGAGAUGUAAAACAAUGUAAAAAGUCACUAGCUCAAUUGAUUAAGAUGAGGAUGCGGUUUUGGUGCAGUUUUGGGUGUAUAUUGGAAAACCUGGGUUUGUCAGCGAUGAUAGCCACACAUUACCAAGCAUAUCUUGACAGAUAUAUGUGGUAUAAGUGUGAAAUGAAGUGUAAAAGUGUGAAAUUUUUUGCUGAACCGUUUCUUUUAUGCAUUUCUCUGUACGUAGUAAAGGAACUGAAAACUCAUUCUCUCUGAAUACACUUUUAAUGGGAGUUUGUGGGAGGGUGCUGAAACACCUGCUCCUUCGCUUCUAUUGUAAGUACUUUUUUUUUUUUUUUUUUUUUUAAAGUUAAUAGGGUACAGAAUGACGACAGAAAUCAAUAGCAAAAGCUAAUUAAAAGUUAUAAUUAAAUAAGGUUCAAAAGCAUUGGACUAUUCCUUUAAAACCUGUGGGGCAAAUUGCAGCCGAUUAUCUGUGAUGAGUUUGUCUCCGUGUCACCAGUGCAAAUCAGGUGACUAUAAGGAGCUAAAAUGAGGCGGUCUUUUAUAAGAGUUCGCUCCCUAGUAGUAAUUUGUGUGAUAUAUAUGUUGUACUCUUUAAUGGUACACCAUCACACACAUGCAUGAUGUGCAUGUAUUCUUUCAGUUGUUCCCUGAUCUUAUAACCUGUUCAGGCUUAAAAAUGAAUAAGGUACAAUGCGUAUUACACUCAUAUUGUUAUCUGAAUGGAGUUUGAAGCAAAAACUAGAUUGGGCGUUGUUCAAUAUGUAUGUGGCUGAUGCUGUUUAAACGUAAGGAGGAUUUGCUUCACAUUUAAACCUUAUGCCUAAACACCAUUAUAAAGCACGGUGGGAAGGUGUACACCUUUGAAAUCAAGGCGACUAUAGCUAAAGCGUAAUGACCAAAAGGGAAGAGAGACUUCUAAAUUUGAGUCCUGUGAAAACCAACUAGUAUUCAAUGCAAUAGAAGGCUGGUUUACUGUUAACAUUGCUGUGCAUUGAGGAGCCAUUGCUAGCUUGUUAGAUGGUGUCUUCCAUGAUAUGGAUGCUAGUGUAUAUGUAAAUUCUGCUAGUUGGACAAUAGGCAGCGCUCCGAGGUGUACAACAACCUAUGCUGUUACUGCAGUGCUGUGAUCUGCUAUCAUUAUUAUUAUUAUUAUUAUUAUUAUUAUUGUUAUUAUUGUUAUUAUUAUUAUUAUUGUUGUUAUUAUUUUCCAAUUUUUUUCAGUUAUUAACUUGAACUCUGCUUGUGUGUGUUUUGGAUAGCCUUAACUAUUAUUUAAAAUAUUCAUCACUAUCACGGUUAUUCAUAUCUAUACACGUUGUGGUUAGUUCCACCCCAGGCUGCUUUUAUGACAUCCCAUGUAAAAUCUGAUUUAACAACUCGGCUGUUGUAAUGAUGUUCCAGCUGAUAUCUCGGUACACUUGCACAUGACAGAUUAUUACUUCAUGAAUUGAAGUAAUAGAUUAUAUUACAGAUUAAUCUAUUAA